AUGGAUCUUUUCCCUUCACAACCUGACUUGUACUUGAAGAUCAGCAGAAAAGAGAAAGAAGAAAAUCAAGAACUACUCGAAAGGAGAUUAGGGUUUGGAAGUAAAGCCUCAGAUUCAGGCAGAAAGUCUUCUGACCAUCUCAUCCACACACUCCAAUUCACUUCAAACAAUGAAUCUACCAAGAUUGAUCAUAAUCAAGAACACAAGGAAUCUCGCAAUCAAGAUAUGAGACCAAUCUUGAUGACGAGACCAAUAAGAGGAACCCCUCUUUACCAAAAUCAAAUCCUUGACCACUACUACUACUCUCCCACUCCUCCUUUCUUCUUCAGUGAAGUCAACGGUCAACACGCAAACCCUAAUUUUACUUCUAAUCAUCUUCACCACCGUCAUCGGCGUCAAGCUCAGCCGCCGCCGCAAAGAUUCACGGCCAAACGAGGAGUAAGGGCUCCGAGGAUGCGGUGGACGACGACCCUUCAUGCUCAUUUCGUUCAUGCUGUUCAAUUAUUGGGUGGUCAUGAAAGAGCAACUCCAAAAUCAGUACUUGAGCUGAUGGAUGUGCAAGAUCUCACAUUGGCUCAUGUUAAAUCUCAUCUACAGAUGUAUCGGACCAUCAAAUCCACUGAGAAGCCUACAACAUCAUCAGGACAGUCAGACACCUGUGAGAAUGGAUCACAAUCAAAUAGUGAGAGACAAGCCAGAGGGCUAUGGAAUAACUCCUCAAGUGAAGCUAGAUUCCAUUUAAAGGCAAAGGCAUCAGCUCUAGACAUCUCAUCCAAUGAGAAUGUGGAUCAAAGAUGUCCAAGCUACGAACGAUUGUCGUCGGAUUCGUCAAGCCUCACAGGGACAAGACCCGAGACUGAAACUCCCAAUCUGGAUUUCACUCUAGCUACACCAAACCUUCCUUCCUAAUUUACUAUAUUCUAUAUACGAUAAAAAAAAACUGUUUAAAAAAUAUAAAUCUCAAGCUUUAAAUUUAUGCUUGCGUUAUAGGAAAAAUGAAAUGGCGUAUUGUUUUUUCGAUUA